GUGCAAUUGACUACACUGUACCUAAUAGUACUGCAUACUUCGAUUCUCUAAAUUCAAAACUUACCUUCAUUCUCAUCUCACAACUUACUAAUCUACUCAUUCUCAACUUUACUUGGGAAUAUAUACGCUCUUCGCUGGAACAGCUCAAUCUGCCAUUCCCGUUAAUUAUUGAGGACACAUCGGAGAGCUCUAGGCGCAAUGGCCGCUCCAAACCAACCACAUCCUCUACAGGUCCUAGACCAAAUGUUUAAAGAAGUACUCGUGCAAACUGGCAAGAGCCUUGUGGCUAGUCGUAAGGAUGGCCCAAAGAACAUCGCCGGCGCGGGCAGCGCAGUGCAAACUAAGACUACGGAUUCAUUGACGGCCUAUCAAUAUGCCUUGGACGACCUUGAGAGCGAGAUCACAAGGGCGAAGGCCGUCGUCCUGAGGGAUCUGGAAAAACUACGCGCUGCCCGAGCUCCUGCUCCCGCUCCCGCGCCCGCCCCUCAGCCCGUAGCGCCGCCAGCGCCGAUGAUGGAACUGCCGUCGUCAGCAGCGCAUACAAUCAGUGCGCCAGCUUUCGCUCCCAAGAAAGAGGUCAAGACAGCCGCCCCCUUUCCCGAUAUGGGCAUGGGUAUGUCUAGCGAAGUGGUUGACUUGACUACCAACGACAAGAAGCCAUCCCCGCGGGUCUCGGCCGGUGCAAUCAGGCCUCCGGUGAAGGCGGCUCCUCCGAUUAGGAACGAAGUAAAACCCUCGCCAAAGCAGACUCCGAAACCGACGCCUAAGCCAACGCCAAAGCCGAGCCAGCCUCCUAAGGUAACGCCAGUCCCUCUGCCGCAGAUCCCACGGCCCCAACCUCCCCAGCAGCCUACUGCAGGACCAAUGGCCGCCGCCAAACCUCAGCCAGCGGCACCUAGUCCCCAGAUGGUUAGACAAGCACAGCCCGUGCCAGCGGCGCCGCCUGCUCAGGAUGCCAUGAUGAUGCCUACCAACGCCACAGCAGGAAUGGACUCGACGGGAGGCAACGGGCCGAACUUCACGGACAUGCGAUUUUCCCUCGCGCAGCCCAGCAGCAACGACGCGCAGGGCGCACCUCCGGCACCGAAUCCUGAUUUCGCGCCGCAAGAGGCGGGUAAAGAUAUGAUGUCUCUCGACAACUCUAGGCCCGGCAACAACACAGCAACGAACGGUCAGAACACCAAUACGACAUCACAGCAGCAACAGCAGCAGCAACCACAACCACAACCACAACCACAGGAGCAAGAUAAGACCGACUCUAACCUGGACGAUUUGUUCAACCUGGGCGACGCCAACAGCGCUGACGGCAUGUUCGAUUUGGGAGGUGGCGGCGUGAAUGAUAGUACGUUCGACGACAUGAUGUUCUUCGACAACAACAAUGAUGCGGAGAUGGCGCAGUUCGAUGAGGCUUACUUCCUACCGUAGUACUGGACGUCCUGAUUUGGACCCUGUACAAGAAAUUCGUUUGAUACACAUACUG